AUGGUUCUCCUAGGCUCGACCCUCGUUCUGGGCAUCCUCUGGAGCAACAGUGCCAGCGCCGCAGAAAUCAACCGUCGCUCCCCCCAGGCCCAGUCAUACAUGCGCCGCGGCGCCUGCCCGGACUACAAGGACUACGCGACAGUGCGGCAUCCGCCUUACACAACCGGAACGUACCAGUUGCCGUUCCAGCGGCCAGCGCAGGAGUGUAGGCUGUUUACGAGCGAUGCGGUGGAGGAUGUUAUUUCUACGAUGACGGCAAACAUGGUGGAUCCGGACAUGGCACGGCUAUUUGAGAACUGCUUUCCAAAUACGCUAGAUACGACGGUGCGAUGGCAUGUGGACUCGGAUAAGCAGGAAGAGCGUCAGAGCUUCAUUGUUACCGGGGAUAUCAAUGCGCAGUGGCUGAGGGAUAGCACGAACCAGCUGUCGCAGUAUAUGGUGCUUGUGGGCAAGGAUGCGAAGCUAAAGGCGUUAAUAGAGGGCGCGAUUAAUACACAGGCGGAUUUUAUAUUACAGAGUCCAUACUGCAAUGCAUUCCAGCCGCCGAAAGCUUCUGGACUAGCACCAACCUCUAACGGGCAAGCUGAUACCGUCCACCCCACAUACGACCCCGACGUUGUCUUUGAAUGCAAAUAUGAGCUCGACUCUCUUGCUUCCUUCCUCUCCCUCGGCAAUCAAUACCACGCCGCCACGCAGUCCACCACGCACAUCACCGCGCGUUGGAUCUUGGCCCUCAAAAACGUUCUCAACCUCAUCUCCGAGCAGCGCACCUCCACCUUCGCAGCCGAUGGCUCCAUUCAGAACCAAGUCUACACCUUCACACGUACAACCACCCGUGGUACCGAGACCCUCAACCUCGACGGCAUCGGCAAUCCGCUCGCCGCAAAUACCUCCCUCGUCCGCUCCGCCUUCCGCCCCAGCGAUGACGCCGCAAUAAUGCAGUACUUCAUCCCUGGUAACGCUUUUAUGGCCGUGGAGCUUCAACGCACUGCGGCGGCCCUCACCGCUGCCUCGCAGUCCGACCUCGCCGCAGAGGUCUUGGCCCUCGGGAAAGAGAUCGAGGCCGGCGUGUGGAAAUACGGUGUCGUGCAGCACCCGGUAUUUGGAAAGGUGUUUGCUUACGAGGUGGACGGGUAUGGCUCAAACAUCAUCAUGGAUGACGCCAACCUGCCGUCGUUGCUGGCCCUGCCGCUCCUGGGCUUCGUCGAUGUUGAUAACGAGGUGUACAAGAACACACGGAAGAUGAUACUCAGUCCUCAGGGAAACCCCUACUAUCUUGUUGGCAGCAAGUUCAGCGGCAUCGGAGGCCCACAUAUCGGUAUCACGCAUGCAUGGCCCAUCAGUUUGCUGGUCCAGGCCAUGACGAGCAGCGACGACGCGGAGAUCAAGAGUCUUCUGAACGCGGUAGUGGCGGCGAGCCCGUUGGGGCUGGUGCAUGAGAGUGUUAAUGUGCAGCGGACAGAGGACUAUACCCGGAGUUGGUUUGCGUGGGCAAACUCGGUAUUCGCGCAGACGAUCCUGGAUAUUGCGAAGCGGAAGCCGGACUUGAUAUUUAAGAAGACGGAGAAGAAGGCUUAG